AUGGCAUCCUUACGAGUAUCUACAUCCACACUAUCGCGCAAAGCGCUCACAUCCUGCCGACCACGGCUAAACCUCGGUGUCCGAUGCGCGGUCGCUAGCACGCGGCCUCUGGCGCCGCGAAUGGCUCGGCCGAAUGUGCACAUACAGAGCCGGUACUCUUCCACGGCGCAAGCCAGUCCCCUCGCGCCGAAGAUUGAGCGCGGAGGAUCGAAGCUGUUCAAGGAUGCGGAUGUCGCGGUGGCGGAUAUAAAGAGUGGAUCGACGAUUUUGAGCUCUGGGUUUGGCCUUUGUGGUGUUGCGGAAACACUGAUUAAUGCGAUGCACCGUCGUGGCCCGGAGCAAUUGCACUCGCUGACUGCCGUGUCGAAUAAUGCCGGUGCGGCGGGCAAGGGCGGGUUAUCGACGUUGUCACAGACUGGCCAGAUUGAUCGCUUGAUAUUGUCGUAUUUGGGCAAUAACAAGGCGUUGGAGAAGAAGUAUUUGUCGGGAAAGAUUGCAAUCGAGUUGUGUCCACAGGGUACACUCGCGGAGCGACUGCGAGCUGGUGGGGCGGGCAUUCCGGCGUUCUUUACGCCGACUGGUGUUCACACUUUUAUCCAGGAAGGAAAGAUUCCCGUGCGGAUGGAUGAGUCGGGCAAGGUGCUCGAGUCGGGAAAGCCGCGCGAGACACGCGAGUUCAAUGGCAAGACUUAUUUGAUGGAGACUGCCCUGACGGGUGACGUUGCGAUCUUGAGGGCAUGGAAAGUGGACGAAGCUGGUAACUGCGUGUUCCGAUACACCACCAAAGCAUUCGCCCCUAUCAUGGCCAAAGCUGCGACAUUGACUAUCGUCGAAGCCGAGAAUAUCGUUCCAAUCGGUUCAAUUGAUCCCAACGACGUGGAUCUCCCCGGUAUCUUUGUGGACCGUAUCGUGCCCGCUACCGACGAAAAGCACAUUGAGAUCAAGAAACUGCGCGAGAGUGAGACCGGCAGCAGUGACGGAUCUGUCAAGGAUGCGGCGCAGAUUGAGAGGGAGCGAAUUGGCCGGCGGGCGGCAAAGGAGUUGAAGCAGGGAUACUAUGUGAACCUGGGCGUUGGUAUUCCGACGCUCGCACCUUCGUUUUUGCCAAAGGACGUCAAGGUGUGGAUUCAAUCGGAGAAUGGUAUUUUGGGCAUGGGCGCAUAUCCCACCGAGGACGAGGUUGAUCCGGACAUCAUCAACGCCGGCAAGGAAACCGUCACACUCGUGCCCGGCGCCGCAACCUUCGACAGCACCGAAUCCUUUGGCAUGAUCCGGGGCGGUCACGUCGACGUAUCAAUCCUGGGAGCUCUUCAAGUCAGCGCCAACGGCGAUCUCGCCAACUACAUGAUCCCCGGCAAAGUAUUCAAAGGCAUGGGCGGCGCCAUGGAUCUCAUCUCCAAUCCCGACCAGACAAAGAUCGUCGUAGCGACGAGUCAUCUCGCCAAGGAUGGAUCGCCCAAGAUUGUGCAGAAGUGCAGUCUGCCGUUGACUGGGGCGAACGUUGUUAGCACUAUUAUCACGGAUUUGUGUGUCUUCCAGGUUAACAGGAAGACGGGUGAGCUUACGCUGACGGAGUUGGCUCCUGGUGUGGAGGUGGAGGAGGUUCGUAGUAAGACUGAUGCUGAGUUUAAGGUUGCGGAGACUCUGGAGAUUAUGGAGUAA